GCAGCGAGCGCGAGAUGUCGUUGAGCGUCCAGCCCGUCAGGUGGAGCACGGAUUACAAGAACAAAGAUUACGAUGGCAUACUUCUGGUGGGCCACAGCAUUGACGACCUCCCUGAUGAGCUGGAGGGUCUGAAGUCUCCACUACAGGACUAUAGUACUGUGGACCGCGGCCUGGGAGAGGAAGUAGUCGUGGUGAAGGUUCCGGGUUUCCCAGGUGACAGACUGGUGUUCGCUCCCACUGGACCAGUGAACAGGGACUACGAUGAUGUCAGAUUGUUUAGCGAGGCUGCAGCUAAAGGCGUAAAGAGGGUGAUGAAAGCGGGUAUGCAGCGCCCUCUGCUGGUGUGCCCUCCCCACUGCGAUUAUGAGAAGAGCACCUUAGCGGCUGUAUUGGGAGCCUUGCAGGCUCUCUAUAUGCCGCUUGAGCUGAGGGAGGUGAAGCUGUCACUACACUCCUCCCCCCACAAGGUGGCAGUGUUGGGUGUGUGGGUAAAGGAGCAGGCAGAGGGUGAAGAUAUUAUAGCGCUGGCCACAGCUCUGGAGAGUGGAAGGGUUGUAUAUCGAGACAUCGGGGGCUCUGAUCCAGAACGGAUGGCUGCGCCUCGCGUAGCUGAGUAUGUUACGGAACUCUUCUGCAACACCUGUGUGCAGGUGAGAAUAGUGAGUGAUUUGAGCACCCUGGAGAAAGAAUACCCCUGCCUGGCUGCUGUCAAUCGAUGUGCCAGUGCUGUGCCACGUCAUCAAGCCCGUGUGAUCCACCUCGAGUAUAGUGGGGAAGGACCCAUUCAGGAGACACUUAUGGUCAUAGGGAAGGGUGUUACCUAUGACACAGGAGGCGCAGACAUAAAGGCCGGCGGCUUCAUGGCUGGCAUGCACAGAGAUAAGUGUGGAUCUGCGGCUGUGGCGGGAUUCUUUCAGAUUCUGGCCAAGCUGAAGCCCAAACAUCUAAAGGUUGUGGGAGCCAUGGCAAUGGUGCGCAACAGCGUGGGCUCAGACUGCUAUGUGGCUGAUGAGCUGGUCGUGUCUCGUGCGGGCCGUCGAAUACGUGUUGGAAACACAGACGCUGAAGGGCGCAUGGCAAUGGUGGACCUGCUCUGUGAGAUGAAGGAGAAAGCAGUGUACGAGGUAUCUCCUCACCUGGUCACCAUUGCCACCCUGACUGGUCAUGCCAUAAGAGCCAUGGGCCCGCACUACUCUAUAAUCCUUGAUAAUGGAGCUGCUAACCUUGUGGGCAAUGCCUUGCAGUGGCAAAAAGCGGGCGAGGUUCUGGGCGAUAUGUUCGAGGUGUCCACUCUACGUAGAGAGGACUAUGACUUCCACAAAGGGAAGUCAGAAUAUGAAGAGCUGCUUCAGUCCAAUAACCUGCCUUCAUCUGCCACCCCCCGGGGGCACCAGAGCCCUGCUGCCUUUCUCAUCAUGGCCUCUGGACUGGACAAGCACGGCCUGGACUCUGCCCAGCCUCUGUCCUACUCUCAUAUCGACAUCGCUGGAUCCAGCGGGCCCUUCCCAGGAGUCCCUACUGGGGCCCCUCUCCUCGCCAUGGCAACAAAAUACAUCCUGCAGCUCUGAGAUGCUGCCUGUCCAGUCUUCUGUUCCUUUAACCGAACGUCCCUCCAUUUGGCUCGGAAACGUCUGGCUGGUUCCGAUUUCUCUGUUCGGUUCUGCUCUACUCCUCUCUUACAGCACCUUGCUCCUGUUCUAAUGCAGCGUGCCCAGUGCUCGUUUAAUCGCAAGCUUCUCAGGGGUUCUGCUCGUCAUGUUGGCAUCCUCUGUUCCUCGCUGUCCACUUAGUGUUUGUCCUUUCAUGCGCUUACUGUUUCCCUUCAUAAUCGGCACGUACAAACUGACCUCUGUUUUCCGAAGGGUGAAGGGCUAUGGGAUUGGUUAUUUAUCAGUUUGACUCCUGCCAAAUCCUGUGUGUGUGUGUGUGUGUGUGUGUGUGUGUGUGUGUGUGUGUGUGUGUGUGUGUGUGUGUGUG